AGGAAUGCUUUAUCAGCGUCGCUUAAUUCCGCAGUUGAAGUUCAAUUAUCCCAAAUUAUUCAAGGUGUCAAACAAAAAAGAUUAAAAUCAAACCAAAAAGUAGUCAACUGAAGAUAAAGUCAGCAAAAAAACGGGGAAAAUAUCACUUCGGAAAAAAAUCAUCCACGAAAGAGCUCUUUUCAACCAGAAAAUUUUCAUCACUUCACCUGCAAUUCUUCUCAAAAGCAGUUCCGAGAUCGCAGAUAUUAUACAACAGUUCAGAAGGAAAACUCUUCUAAUUUUGAUACCAUUCAAGUUCAAAGCUGAAUUCUAAAGUUCCAAAUAUGGUAUCAGCGCCGUAUGGAGUAGACCGCGAGCUAUCGCCCAACUUUAUUUAUCAAAUGGAGGGCAUUUUCCCCACAACCCUCCAGCCCGGAACAAACCCCUACUUCACAGCCCACGGAACUUCAAUCCAGGUCUCAUCGGCGCCAUCACCCGCUAGCCUUAUAACCGACCACUUGCCUAGUUAUUAUUCUUCCGUUCAGCAGAAUUCAGCCUUCUUCCGACCUUACGCGAUACCCUCGCGAGUCGCAAAUUUGACGACGUCGAGGCAAAAUGGACCUGCAGUUCCUGUCCAGGGAACGCCAGAGCCAAGCUUCCUCCGGAAGCGAAACGAGCGUGAACGACAACGAGUGAAAUGUGUGAACGAAGGCUACACCAGAUUAAGAAACCAUCUGCCGAACGAACUGGCCGAGAAACGACUUAGCAAAGUGGAGACACUUCGAGCUGCGAUUCGCUACAUUGAGUAUCUCCAGGAUCUUCUUGAUUCCGACGAGAAAGAUCCGAAAAUGCACAGCGUCAAAAAACGAAGCUUUUCAUUCGUCGACGAAGACAGCCGAGACGAGAAAGAAAACGAAGAAGUUCCGAGAAGAAGAAUUUGCGGCAAAAGUCCGUCGUUUGAUGACUUAAAAGAUGAAGUUGACGCUGUUUCACCGGCCUCCGACAGGUCGCAGAGUUGGAAUAGUCCGACCGACUUUUUGUCCCAAGAAAUGGCGAUGAAGCACGCAGAUCCAGCAAUCCCCAGUGACAAUUAUUGAGAAAUGAUUUUAAAAAGACUCCAAAAACUGUCUAUACCCGGCAGAAACUUUGUCAAGCGUAUGUUCUUGAAACCUGAAAAUUGUUAGUUUAAUUUGUAAAAAUUGUAUAUUCAAAGCACUUUAUGUUUGUAAGCUUGGAACUUUUUAAAA